AUGGCGACCGCAGCGCCGGCAUCGGUGCCGGCAAUCCGUCUGUCGAGCGGCUACGACAUGCCGGUGGUGGGGAUGGGCGUGUGGCGCGCCGACAAGGGCCGGCUCGGCGCGCUUAUCAAGGACGCCGUUGCACUCGGGUACCGCCACUUCGACUGCGCGGCGGACUACGGCAACGAGGCGGAGGUGGGGAAGGCGCUAUCCGCGGUGCUGGAGGCAGGCGCGGUAAAGCGCGAGGAGCUGUUUGUGACGAGCAAGCUGUGGAACAGCGACCACGCGCACGUGAGGGAGGCGUGCCAGCAGUCCCUGAAAGACCUGCGCCUGGACUACCUGGACCUGUACCUCGUGCACUUCCCCAUCGCCACCAAGCACACCGGGAUAGGCAGCACGCGCAGUGCGAUGGGGGAGGAUGGCGUGUUGGACAUAGACAUCUCAGUGCCGCUGCAUGAGGUGUGGCGCCACAUGGAGGCGCUCGUUAAGGACGGCCUCGUGCGCUCCAUCGGCAUCAGGUGCGCUCCAUCGGCAUCAGGUGCGCUCCAUCGGCAUCAGGUGCGCUCCAUCGGCAUCAGGUGCGCUCCAUCGGCAUCAGGUGCGCUCCAUCGGCAUCAGGUGCGCUCCAUCGGCAUCAGGUGCGCUCCAUCGGCAUCAGGUGCGCUCCAUCGGCAUCAGGUGCGCUCCAUCGGCAUCAGCAACUACGACGUGUAUCUGACGCGCGACUGUCUGGCGUACAGCAGCGCAGUGAGGCCAGCAGUGAACCAGGUGGAGACGCACCCCUACUUCCAGCGCGCCUCGCUGCUGCGCUUCUGCUCCAAGCACGGCGUCACCCUCACUGCCCACACGCCCCUGGGCGGCGGCGCUGCCAACGAGGAGCUCUUCAAGUCCAAGUCCCCGCUCUCCGACCCCGUUGUGCUCGAGCUGGCUGCAAAGCACAACAAGACAGCGGCGCAGGUGGUGUUGCGGUGGGGAGUGCAGCGCAACACGGUGGUGAUACCCAAGUCCAACCGAGUGGAGCGCCUGGCAGAGAACAUAGCCAUCUUUGACUUUGAGCUCGAUGCUGGCGACAUGGCCCGGAUGGAGGGCCUUGACGCAAAGGCUAGGAGCAACAACCCGGCUCCCUUUUGGGGCAUCGAUUUGUAUGCUUAG